AUGUCUCUGUGUAAUGACACGCCAGCUGGGACGAGUUUCCUGUCCAGCCCAUCACCGGAACCGGAACAACAGGCCGAACUCUAUUUCUUUCUUUCUUUCUUUCUUUCUUUCUUUCUUUCUUAUUACACAUUUACUCGUAACCUCAAAAUGAACUUGACUGCUUUCUUUCUGUUUGAAUCUUUCAAAAUAAUUGUUUCUUUUUCUUAUUUCUUCCCUUCUUCAUUUUCUCCUUUUGUUCAUACUUUUUCUUUCUUUUCUAUUUCUCGUAUUUCUUUUUUGAUUCUUUCUUCCUAUCUUUCCUUCCCUCUUUCUUUCUUAUUUAUCGUCGUUCUUUCCUUCUCUGUUCUCCUUUUCUUUCUUUCUUUCUUUCUUUCUUUCUUUCUUUCUUUCUUUCUUGCUACGUAUUUCAUCUCAAAAAUAGAGUUGACUAUUUGCUUUCUAUUCGUAUUUUUAAAAAUCGUUCUUGUUCCUUUUUUAUUUCUUUCAUCUUCAUUUUCUCCUCUUUCUUCGUCUUACUUUUCCUUUCUCUUCUUUUUUUUCUAUUUCUUUUUCCAUUCAUUCAUCCUAUCUCUCUUUCCUUCUUUCUUUUUUACUUUAUAUUCGCUUUUUCCUUCUCUGUUUCUCUUCGCUUUCCUUCUCGACUUCUUUCUCUCCAUUCGCAUUUUUCCGUAUCUUCCUUUUUCUUGCUUCUUUCUCUCUUCAUUUUCUUCUCUAUCUUCUUUUUACUUUUUCUUCUUUCUUUUUCUAUCCCUCUUUCUAUUUUUGCUAUUCUUUCAUCCUAUCUUUCUUUCCUUCUUUUUCUUAAUUUAUCUUCGUUCUUUCCUUCUCUCUUACUCGUCCCUUUCCGUCUUUCUUGUUACGCAUUUACACACGAACCUCAUAAAUAGAGUCGUCUUCUUUCUCUCGUUCUUUUUUUUUUUAUAA